UUGGAAUUACGGCUAUCAGUCUUAUAAGACCCCUCCCCCCUUCCCAAAUCUCUAUGUUGUGUCAAGAUCAACAGGUGAACUCCCUUGGCUUCAACUACUCAACCCGCUCCUAAAUCCGACAAAACUGCGGCACUGUUGUUGCCUUUGAAGUUGGAAAAUGGUGUCCUUCAAGUACCUGGCAGUCUCGGGCUUUGCCCUGCACGCCGCGGGCAAGUCCGUCAAACGAACCACAUCGCCGGUAGCGUCCGUUUCUUGCAAUGGGCAAGCCUACUCAUACGACGGCCUGGCCGGUUAUGGGUCCUUGGAGUCGGAUGCGCGUGACCAGUAUGGUGACACCAUCAGCAUCGGCUCCGCCAUGGCCGUCAAGGAUUGGAAAAAGACGGGCAACCGUUACACGGGCACUAUGUACGGUCUUCCGGAUCGUGGGUGGAACACAAACGGGACCCAGAACACCAUUCCGAGAGUUCACAUCUUUCAGAUUGCGUUCAGCCCGACCUCGGAGGCCACUGUUGCCAACCCUUCCGGUCCGAACCUCGAGUUCCAGUAUAAGCGGACCAUCCUCCUCUCUGGGCCCGACGGCAAGCCCAUGACUGGUAUCGAUCCCGAUUUCACGGGUGGCCUCACCUACCCGGGGUUCCCCACCAUGCCGGCCGCGACAUAUCCGGGUGAUGGCUUCGGUGGUCCGGGCCCCGGCGACAAACGCGUGGUUCUCGACGCCGAGGGCUUGGUGGUGGAGGAAGACGGAUCCUUCUGGAUUAGCGACGAGUAUGGCCCGUUUCUGUACAGGUUCAACAAACAGGGUCAGAUGAUUGCCGCUAUCCAGCCCCCGGAUGCGAUCCUCCCCAUUCGCAACGGAGAGGUCAGCUACAACUCCAACACGCCCCCCAUUUACAACAACACCAAGGUUCCUGACCCGGAGGACCCGCACCAUGGCCGCCAGAACAACCAGGGCUUUGAGGGUCUGACCAUGAGCGCCGAUGGCAAGUCGCUCUGGGUUAUGCUGCAGUCGGCCGCCCAGCAAGAUGGUGGUGCUUCCAAGUCUACGCGCCGCAACACCCGUCUUCUCAAGUAUGCUCUCAACAAGCAGAACAAGGACGACGUUGAGAUUACAUAUGAGGCCGAGUUCGCGGUACCGCUCCCCACCUUCACCAACGCGAAGGACAAGACCCGCGUCGCGGCGCAGUCGGAGAUCCACUACAUUUCCGACACCCAGCUCAUGGUCCUGGCUCGCGACUCGGAUGCCGGCCGGGGACAAGAUGAUGCUUUGUCCCUUUACCGCCACGUCGACAUUGUGGAUCUCUCUGGGGCUACUAACAUCAAGGGGCCCAAGUUUGACGAUAUCCAGAACGGGAACAUCACCGUCGGAACGGACGAGGAUCCUUCCGACGUUCUCGUUUCUGACAUCACCGCGGCUGAACUGUGCCCGUUCAUUGACUACAACAUCAACACGGAGCUCAACAAGUUCAAGACGGCCGAGGGAGACGUCGUCCACAACGGCGCCCCGGUCGACUUCGGCCUCUUGAACGAGAAGUGGGAGGCUCUGGCUCUGCUCCCCGUCCAUGCGGACGAGGGAAAGAAGGGCAAGGGCAAGGGGAAGAGCAGCAGCUGCGGUGGGAAGAACGAGGAUGAGUACUACCUCAUCACGCUGUCUGACAACGACUUCAUCACCGACAACGGCUAUGCCGACUUUGGCAAGAUUCGUUUCGUGGAUGACUCUGCUUCGGUUCCCUUUCUUCACAGCCAGGCCUUGGUUUUCAAGGUCACUCUGCCGAAGGGCAGCAAGCCCCUUGUCGCGUAGAGAACAGAUCAAGGGACUGCGAUAUCAGUUCAUCAAUACCUAAUAGUUACUUGUCUUCAUACG